GCGACUUCCGAGCUUGAGCACACGGUGCUGUCACGGGAUAAUUAACUGCCUUUUUAAAACGCUGCAGAACGGAUCAUAGACUACGUUUCUAAUGGAAACUGCGAUUUAAAGCUACUUGUCCGAAGCCCCUGCAUUGAUCAGUGAAGACUUAGUGGAUUACCGGACCAGUGUUUCUAUGGUGAUGGACUGACGGUCAUACCCAGUCUACUCAGGACUAAGUGUGGACCUUGGAGGGAGGGACCACCAAGGACUACAACUGGCUCCAGCACCCAGACUUUUAGACCAAGCCACCCACCUAACCAGGCACCAGUGAAUGAAACAGGGGGACUAACAACAGACAACCUGAGGAGAAGCCUCUCUCUUCCUAUCUUCAUCUCUUUCUUCACCUGGAUCUCUAGAUUAUUCUAGUAGACUGUGUCAGAGAACUCAGAGAAGCAUCAGGAGAAGAGAAGAAUAGUGAGAGUCCGUACAGUCAGCACAGGGCCAUAGAGAAGUGGACAACGAGGAAAAAGACCAGCAAAGACUGUUCUCUGCCAAACUGAAAGGGAGUUUUCCUCCAUCUCUGUCGCUGAGGGAAACGGUCAUUAGGGGCCAUGAGUUGUUGCUGGGGCUACCAUCAUUGUAUCCCUCCGACGCGGAACACUUAAAAUGGGGUCUAUGUUACCAGCUACCAUGGCUGCCAAGCGGCAAGCCAUGCUCUAAUCGCCUAGGCAACAACCUAUCUGUGACCUACGACUUCCUGUCUCUACUUCCUGCUCUGGCCACACCCCUUCCUUACCUGUCACCCAACCUGAUUUCAAACUUGCCUGCUUCCUUUCCUAAUAUUCUCCCCUUUCCCUUAUUUUCUUAAUAAGAUAACCCCUCCUAUCCUCCCUUCCUCCCUAACCAUGGCCAACAGGUUUCUCCACCUCCCCUCCAUCCCGCUCUCCCUAUCCCUCUCUCCGUCCAUCUUCCUCUACCUUCUCCCCCCAUUACUUCUUCUCCUCCACCUCCCUGGGUCCGUCCGGGGGGACUGCUGGCUGAUCGAGGGGGAUAAAGGCUACGUGUGGCUGGCCAUCUGCAGUCAGAACCAGCCCCCGUACGAGACCAUCCCCCAGCACAUCAACAAUACGGUCCAUGACCUGAGGCUGAAUGAGAACAAGCUGAAAGCAGUGCUAUUCCACUCCAUGUAUCGCUUCACCAACCUCACAGACCUCAACCUCACCAAGAAUGAGAUCUCUUACAUAGAGGACGGGGCCUUUACCCAUCAGGCCAACCUACAGGUCCUCCAGCUGGGUUACAACAAGCUGACCAACCUGACAGAGGGGAUGAUGCGUGGCCUGGGCCGCUUGCAGUGCCUCUUCCUCCAGCACAACCUCAUUGAGGUCAUUGACAACAAAGCAUUCGAGGAGUCCAGCUCCAGCCUCAGCAGUAUCGACCUCUCGUCCAAUAAGCUUGCCCGGAUCGAUCCGUCAACUUUCACUGUGCUAAACCGGUUAAUGGUCUGCGAGCUAGCAGGAAAUCCUUUCCAUUGUGGAUGUGAUCUGUAUAGUUUUCUUACUUGGUUGGAGGCAUUUAAUAACGUGACGCAUACAUACGACCGGCUGCAGUGCGAGACCCCUGGCGAGCUGUUUCUCUACCCGCUCCUGAGCCCCGUGGCCGGGCACGGACGCAGCGCUCGCACCAUGCUCUCCACCAUCUGUCGCGACGGCAUGAUCAUACCCGGGAUCACGUCUCAACCCGGCACCGACUGGGAGGGCUCCGGGAUGGGCCCGGAGAUGGACGGCCGGGCCGGGCCGUAUCAUCAGCCGACAGCUUCGUCCACGGCCGACCCCAACUUCAACCCCAGCAUCAAACUCCAGUGGGUCACUCUGUCUGCAGCCAAGCUGUUGGUCCAGAUCCCUAAACCAUACAGCAAGAUGUACGUCCUAGUCCAAUACAACCAGAGCUUCGUCUCGGACAUCCAGAACCUCAAGGAGAAGAAGGAGAAGGUGACGUUGGUGGAUCUCAAACCUCACACCAACUACACCUACUGCGUAGUGUCUAUAAGUAAAAACCAGCGCAACAACCACACGUGCAUCUUCUUCGCCACGCGAGAGGCUGGCCCUGACGACCACCACGCCAACCAGUCAACCAUGACGCAUUACAUCAUGACGAUCCUGGGGUGUCUGCUGGGGAUGGUGAUCGUGCUCGGGCUCGUCUACUACUGCCUGAGGAAGCGUCGGAUGCAGGAGGAGAAGGAGAAGGAGAUCAGCGUGAAGAAGACCAUCUUGGAGAUGCGGUAUGGACCGGAGGCUGCAGCACAGGCAGCUAACGACCCGGCAGCCAUGCAGCAUCUCCAGGAACAGGCCCAGAACCAGGGGCACCACGGAGGUCACCUCCACGGAGGAGGAGGUGGCGGGGGUAAUAAACUUCCCCCCUCCGCCUCCUCCAGUUCCGGCAUGCUCCACGGUUCGGCCAACACCACCUCCUCCCGCCUCUCGACGCUCCCCCAAGUGGAGAAGAUGGCCACAGCAUUCGGUGAAGCCAUGGCAACCAAUAAAGGAAACUAUAUGGAUGUGAGGACUGGGGCAGGAUUAUCGGGAGACGGUGGAGGAUUAUUACUAGCAGGGGGAGGAGGAGGAGGGGGGGAGGCGAUACUGGUGGAUAUGCGAGGCAUCAAUGGUUGCAGUGAAGACGGAAUGGACGUUGGGAAUGAUUCGGAUGAUGACGGACACGGAUCUGCGUCGGAGAUCUCGACGAUCGCCAUGGAGGUCGAUAAAGUCAACCAGAUUAUCAACAACUGUAUCGACGCGCUCAAGCUCGACUCCCUUGUUGCGACGACAACAUCUGGUGACAACCCUACUUCUCCUCCACCUGCUUGUAUCACCUCCCUCGCUCGGAACCUCAUCCCCCUCUCCCAAGGCCUUGCUGACACCUGCCAGAUGCUUGCCUCCUCUCCCAAAAUCCAUGCCCCUCCCGCGAUGACCCCCAUUCCCCUCGUCAUGCCCCUCUCGGAGCGUCCCGGAAUCAGCGGAGGGGGGUUUCUCUCGCCCCCCUAUAGGGACCCACCACCGGCGAAUGCCGUACGACCCUUACAGAGGCAGCUGAGCGAUACAGGUGUGGUGGUCAUGGGUGCUGGGAAGAACCGAUGUAGCGUGUCCUCGGCUGGAGGAUCCAUGAAGAGCACUAGGGUCUUCAGUCUGGAUGUCCCGGAGCCCCGCAGCCCAGGCCCCAACUCCUGUCCUCCAUACCCAGAGAAGGGGAGCCCUGUUGGGUGUGGGGAAACCAUGGAGAGGCUCCCUCUUGUGAGUGGAAAUGGUAGUGGUUGUGGUAGUGGUGGUAAAGGAAACGGGAUGGGUUGUGGUGGUGGGAACGGAAUAGGAGGAGGGGUUAAUGAAGGUGGGGUGAAUGUCAAUGGAGGUGGGGUGGGUUGCGGAGGGGGAGGAAGAGGGGGGGAGGACCGGGAAAGCAGCAGCAGCAUCAUCAUCUGGAGGUACAUCCAGACUACCACUGUUCUGAGCACAGGCACUCCUUCCCCGCCCUCUACUACGAGGGAGCCAACGACUCCCCCUCUCCCUCCCCAUCCCAGAAGGCCUCUUUCCUCAAACCCCUGGGACGUACCAAAAGGGACCCUGCCGCCUACUCCCAGCUCUCCCCUUCCCGGCACCACAACUACUCUGGCUACUCCUCCAGCCCCGAAUAUUCCUCGGAAAACACCCUUCGAAUCUGGGAGAGGUUCCGGCCACACAAGAAAGGCCCCCGCGACCCUCGCGAAGAGGCAACGUAUAUCGCUGCAGGCCACGCCUUGAGGAAGAAGGUUCAGUUUGCGAAAGACGAGGACCUCCAUGAUAUCCUCGACUACUGGAAGGGGGUGUCGGCCCAGCAGAAGCUGUGAGAGAUGAGGAAGAGGUGUAACCUAGAGGAUGGCAUACAGAAGGAGAAGACAGAGAUGUCAUAAUUCUCAAGAACUCCCAGACAGUGAAUGGACCUGAAUGACACAACUACAACUGGUGGCUAACAUGUGUACUUCCUGGUUUCUUUUAUGACAUCAUCUGUCUUCUCAUUCUUUAACUUAUCCUAGGGUGUUACAACAGCAGACUCUGACAGCGAUGAGGAGGAUAGUAGUGGAAGUUAUGGGGGAGACAUUAUGUAGUAGUAGUAGUAGUAGCAUGACACCGGGUAUUGGGUAUUUUCUACAGUUCCACAAUGGAACUACAGGGGUUCCACAAUUAUACAAGUCGUUCCACAGAAAUUCCACUGUUCCAUUGCGGGUUCCAUCCAUGGUUCCACAAGAGUUCCACAUUUCUACAAUGGUUCUAUAGAGGUUCCAAAGUUCCAUAAAGGGUUCUAUAAUGUCUCUGUAACGGUUCCGUAGGGGUUCUAUAGUGGUUCUACAAGUUUCAAAGUUCUACAUGGAGUUCCAUAAUGGUUCCACACUGAGCUUCUAAGCGGUUCCACAUUCUCUUUUUUUCCAGGUUUGGAUAAACAAAAAAACAACAAUAUAUCAGAUUUCCUUUUGCCUAGCACUUUGGUCCUUGCAGACUACCAUAGAAAGACAGAGCCAGGGUAAUGAGGACUCAGUAAUGACUGCAGAGUCUUGUCACUAGCAGGUGUCCUAAGACUCAUUACAACAUAUCUCCCAACAACAAGCAGCAGCAUUACUCGGCUUAAACCCUGCUCCCUUAAACAGCACAGCUCAUAAUCCCAUCAACAUUCAAUUCAUUCACUAAACACUGGAUGCAUCCCAAGUGGCACCCUAUUCCCUAUUUUGUGCAAUACUUUUGACAAGGGCCCACAGGGUUCCCAUAGGGCUCUGGUCAAAAGUAGUGAACUAUAUAGGGAAAAGGGUGCCAUUUGGGACGCAUAGUCAUUUCACUCUGCAGCCCACCACCUGCCUCCCUAGCAGCGCCAUUUAGAGAGAUAAUUGAAAGGGGAUGAGGAAUUAGCAGUGUUUGCCUCAAUCUCUUCUUCCUUCGGAGGAGUGGGGAGAGAUGAGGGGGAGAGGGAGGAUGGAGGGGAGAAGGAGGACAAGGAAGAGGGGAGGGGGAGGAUAUUAAGCGAUUCUUAUCGUGUUAAUUGUUCUCGGCUGUAGUUAGCCCCGGAACAAAACAGGUGGAGAUGCUAGCGUGGGUGGACACACACCGAGAGGUGUGUGUGUGGACGGUGGGAACCAGGCCCUGGAGCCCCUCUCUGUGUUUAGCAGGAGCGUGCUUAUCGAUUGGAAACACCUACACAUGUUUUACAGAGCGUGGCAUGCUAUUGGGGCGCUCCGCCAUUUUGUUUUCUCCUUCUUCUUGGCCUUUUCUAAAUCAGACAUGUGGAUUGAGCAGAUACAUUGCAUUCAGAUAGCAAACAAGGAGGAAGGGACGUCUACACACACACACACACGCACGCACACUCUCAGUGUGUGUGUUCAGAUUACUAUGAAGUAAGCCGUUUUCCAGACCUACUUGCUAACAUUUCCCUGGCUUCGAGCCAAUUUGUUAUUUACAGGUAUAGCAUUUUUUUCUUUUGAUAAGAAAGUCAAAGCUUCCUUCAGGGGAAGAUUAAAAUUAGCAUUUCAAUAGCGCUAGUCAUGCAAAAACCACUUUAGGCUGGGUUAGGAGAGGUGGAGAGAGACGAGUGUUGGCUCCCAUAUUGAAGCAGAAGGUAAUCAUGUCGGAGUAGAGAGAAGGUUCCUAGCAGAACACACAGACCACACAAGAAGUUACAGCUGAAAUUAAAGACAUUGCUAGUAUGGUGAUGUUUAGAAAAGCUAGAGUUCGCAAGGGUUCAUGGUCUAUUUUAGAGGGAGCGAGAGCGAGAGCGAGAGCGAGAGAGAUGGAUCUCUAUGGAGAGUUCAGCGAGAUCAUAUAGCAGAGCCAUAGAUAUAAAGAGUUAGUAAAAAUCCAUCUUCAAUGUUGGCAGCAAAUGUUCCAUACAAAAAACAUAGUGCCAAAUAUGCUAUUUAUAGUGGCAAUAAAUGAACAUAGCCCAAUUGUUAUAUUUUGUAUUGGUCUUUUAACCAAUCAUAUCAGCUCUUUUCACAUCUGAUUCUUUCAGAUCCAAUCUGGUUUGACAAAAUAAAAAUUAGUGACAAAAAAACAUCAUAAUUGUGUUUCCUGUUUAAACGCAGACUCUGCCUGGUUUCUGGUCUAUAUGGAGGUGACAGAGGUUAAACAGUGCCUUGCAACAGUAUUCACCCCCAUUGGCGUUUUUCCUAUUUUGUUGCAUUACAACCUGCAAUUUAAAUAGAUUUUUACUUGGAUUUCA